AAGGGCCGGUAUCGAAUUAUCCAUUGCACCUCCGUUAUCUUCCCAUUCCCCAACUGAGUGAGCAGAGGAAGAAGGAAACACCCCGAAAAUGGCGUCUGUUUCUACAUGGAAUUUGUCUUCGCUUCGGGCCAGCCUCCCUUCCAUUAGCGCCCAUCCUUCGGGCCCUUCUGGGUACUUUCGAAACGGGAGCCACCCUUCCGGGCUCAGGCUGUCCAGGCCCAAAUCCGGCCCGAGGCCUCUCAACUCUUUUGUGGGUCUCGCUCCUUUGAACCCCCUCAUUAACCUCUCUUCAGCUCAAGGUUCUACGAGUUUUGAGCAUAGUUUCAUGGGGAUCGACAAUGGGAGCCGAUUUUUUGCCAUGAGGCAUGGAAGAAAAGUGCCAAAACUUAACAGACCGCCAGACCAGCGGCGGGCUCUGUUACGGGGCCUGACAACUCAGCUUCUCAAGUAUGGUCGCAUAAAGACCACGAGAGCUCGAGCUAGUGCAAUGAGGAAAUACGUCGACAAAAUGAUUACGCUGGCUAAGGAUGGCUCUCUGCACAAGAGAAGACAAGCCCUUGGUUUUAUCUAUGAAAAGCAAAUAGUCCAUGCAUUGUUUGCUGAGGUUCCAGAGAGGUAUGGUGACAGAGAAGGAGGCUAUACUAGGAUAAUCAGAACUUUGCCGAGGCGGGGGGAUAAUGCACCGAUGGCUUACAUCGAGCUCGUCUGAUUUCUGAUUGGUUUGUUUGAGUAAACUUGUAUGUUCAAGGUUUCAGAAUACUGAAAAUUUUUGUAUCAAAAUCUUGUAUUUAUGUUCAUAUAUGCAGAAUUGACAAUUUUUCUUUCCUCA